AUGACGGACUGGCAGUAUGAGUUUCUGGUGGUUGCGGGUGGCGAAUUGGCAUGGAUGCCUAACAUGGUUCUGAAGGUAGAGAAGAGUUAUCGUGCACCGCGGGAUCAAUUGUCCGCGGUUGACGUGGAGAUACUGGUUGGUAUUACGAAGGCGUUGGGGAGCACCUGGACCAAGAGUGCAUUCUUUGAGAAUGGGAGGCUGCAACUUUACCUGCUCCUGGACCCGCGAUUGACGGAGUUGCCGCCCUUGGAGGGCAUGACUGCUGAAGGAGAGGUGAAAUUGCUCACGGGCCUGCUGAACCGAAAUCCCCCUAGGUAUAGGGGUGCUGCCCGGGUUGAAGGUGAGGGGCGGUCGCAGGCAAGGCGGCGUACGCCGGCUCAAGGCCGGGCGGGACGCGCGGCUGCCAGGGCGUCACGGGGCGCAGUGGUGCAACCUGCGGGGACUGCCAUUGGGGCCUCCACCUCGGGGACGGCAUCCCGGGGCCGCGUUUCGCUUUUGAGGGAUGAACCGGAGCCUGCGACUGAGCAGGAAGAAAAUGUGCCAAGUGAGGAGGUGGAAACCCAAGAUGUGUUUGGGGAUGCGGAGGAUGAUGAGGAGGUUGUUGAAAAGAGCCCGGAGAUUCAUGAGAUUGCGGACAGCGAAGAGAGAGAAGGUGGAGGGCAUACCACCGCGGGCGAGUUUGACGACGGUCUGGGCGGUGAGGGUGAAAUCGAGGUCAGCACACAGGCUGGCGGGAAAGCUGUGGAAGCGGGAUCAUCCCGUGCAGUUGAAGAAAAAGAGAGUGUUGAGGCUGGCGGGACGUCGACUGUAUUGAUGUUGGAGAACCCGACGACAGAGGGACAGACUCCCGAGGUUCCCAGACGGAGGAAACGGGUUCGUAGUGCUGGCAGUGGUCGAAAGUUGACCUUGAGUGCUCAGAUUGGGCGCCGUGUGAAGCGCCGCGGCAAUGUGGAUUUGAUGGCGGGUGUCAGUGCUGGGGAUGCGUCUGGGACCGAAGAUGAGGUGGGACCUGUGGAUGCCCGUCGUGUGGGGCGAGGUAAUUUGUUUGGAGCCGGGCCACCAGGGCAGGUUGGCCUCACUGAGGAUGAUGUUGAAAAGAUGGAUGGGUUGGGAUGGAAAAAGCUGGUGCGUCGUUCCGAGCUUCAUCACAGGAAGGCUCGAGGGUAUGACUUGGCGUUAAGCACCCGGGGAGAAAUGUUCCGCCAGGACAACAUUGCACUGCGGAAGCAGGUUGCUGAUCUCGAAGGUCAAAAGAAGACCUUGGUGGAGAACUUCCAUGCAGUCGAGGAUCAAAAGAAAGAACUUGCCCAAGAGAUGGAGACUCUCAAGGCUGACUGGCAGGUGCUUUCGGAUCGAAGGGGCCUUGUGGACAAGGAGUUGGAAACCCAAAGGCUGUUUUGGGAGGGGAAGGAGGCGGCCUCGGAGCGGACAUUCGCCGAGCUUCGUAAGCGUGCCGAAGAAGCUGAAGCUAUGGUCGCGUCGCGACCCACUGAGGAGAUGGCCAUCCGGAAAUAUCAGGCCAGUGUUGAAUAUCGGGCUGCCUUGGCCAAAGCUUUUGAAGAGGGAGUCUCUUCUGUGAAGGAAAGUGCAGAGUAUUUGAGCUUAGUGGCGGGCGUGGGUGGUUCUUCUUCCGGUGUUGACGCUUUGGAGAAGCGGGUAGCGGAUCUGGCAUCUUCCUUGAAGAAAGCAAAGUCUAAGGCCCACAAGAGGAAGAAGAAGAACAAGAAACUCGCUGACCGGGUGAAGGAGCUCGAGAGUGCGGGUGGUAGCUCUGGAGGUAGUGCUGGGACGAAGAGUCCAAAAGCUCUGGAGACCGUGGAUGAGAAUCCCGCGGAGGAGGAAACAGAGGUGUCCCGCUCCGCAGCAGAGGAAAGGGAGAAUCCGGACGCGGUUAUGGCUGAUGCAGAGAAGCAACCCGGGACCGAGGCUGCUACCCCAGAGGAGGAUGAAGAGCUUGUUGAUGAUUCGACCGAGACCCCCACCAUUUAA